GUCUGCUACUGUCACUAAGCCACUGUUCACUGCUUGUGAUAGUAGCACCAGGAGACUGAUCAGCAUUACCAUAUAGUCAUACAGAUCAAUAGAAAAAACGUUGAAGUCUCCUCUAGUUUAUAGCAUUCUAUAAGUUAUAGUGUGAUCUGGGACAUAUUGUACACAGUACUGAUUGUUCACUGCAGUGAAAAGUGCUGAAUUAUUAUUAUUAUUAUAAUAAAAAAGAAGCACUAAGCCAGAAAAGUGCUGAGAAGUACUCACAAAACUAUCACUGUUCAACAAACUGUAACUCUCACUCACUGCAUUGAAAGUACUCACUAAAUUAGUAUCACAAUAAUGAAACCCAACAUGUCCAGCCCAAGGAAGUUCUUCGUGAUCGGUAACUGGAAGAUGAAUGUGACCAAAUCUCGCAUCGAUAACAUCGUGAAGUUCAUGACAGCUGCCUCUCUGGACCCCAACACAGAGGCAGUGGUUGGAUGUCCAUCCUGCUACUUGUCUUAUGCCAGAGACCAACUUCCACCCCAGAUUGCUGUAGCUGCUCAAAACUGUUACAAGGUUGAAAGUGGUAACUUUAGUGGAGAGAUCUCACCGGCCAUGAUUCAUGACUGUGGAGGAGAGUGGGUCAUCCUGGGUCACCCUGAACGCAGGACUAUAUUUAAUGAACCUGAUCAUCUCAUCAGUGAAAAGGUCGCUCACGCCCAAAAAGCAGGAAUUAAGGUGGUGGCAUGUGUAUGUGAGAGGAAGGAAGACAGAGACAGUCAGAGGACAGAGGAAGUAUUGUUUGAACAGAUGGAAUACCUGGCUAGAAGCAUCAGUGACUGGUCAAGUGUAGUGAUAGCGUUUGAGGCAUUGUGGGCCAGCAAUACUGGAAUAUUGGCCACUCCAGCCCAGGUACAGGAGGCCCUGGCCAUGCUGCGUCACUGGCUGUGUCAUAACAUCUCAGACAAGGUGGCCAACACAACUCGCAUCAUCUAUGCUGGUUCAGUCUCCUCCAACAACUGUCAGGAACUAGCUAAGUUGAAGGACCUCGAUGGCUUCCUGGUGGGAAGCUCAGCUCUCAAGCCUGACAUUGUUGACAUUAUCAAUGCCAGAAGUUCUCACAUCUCCAGACUUGUUGACAUUUUCUCCUCAUAUGAACAUAUGUCCAGGGCAAUAUAAACAGUCCGGCUAACAAGCUUUACAUAUUACAUCCGAGAGGAUAGCAAAACCCCUUGGAGUUAUAUAGAACUGUGGAAAUAGGACACAAUGAGAUAUGAUCCAAGAGUGGUUCUAAUUCUUUUGAUUAAAAGCCCUUAAUUGCCAUCAAAGUAUGUACCUUGAAGGAUUUACAAACUAAAGUAUUCUUGACUGAUGGUGUACAGGUGAUAUGCAACCUCAAUGACCCCUUAUGUAGUAGAUAAAUAUUAUAAAUCACUAAACCUAAAGGGUCAUACAACACAACACUAGACUUGAAACCUCAUCAACCAAACCCCUCCACAUUAGGUCUGCACAGCCCUGUUGAACCUUGCAGCUAUCAUGACAAGAUUACAAUUAUUAUAUUCGUGGGGAAAUGCUAAACUCAUAGGGGCCAUACAGCACCUGGAGUCUAUGACACUGUGGUUUGAUCCAAGGGAGAGGCGCACCUUCAGUACUCUAUCUUCCCAUCACCAUAGAAAGGAUUUUUGUAUUUUUUUUUUUUUUUGUAAAUCAUUAUUCAAUAAUUUCUUCCCCACGACUUAUAUGUGAUUCUUGUCAAAGGUACAUGUAUUUAUAAAUUUGAAUGAAAGUCGAUUAUUAUUUAUUUAAUUUAGAUGUUCGGUGCUUGUAAUAUUAACUGUAGUGUAGGCACACCUCUGGCAAGACAGUGAUGGAGUGAAUGAUGAUGACUGUUUCUUCUUUCUUCAGGCCACCCUGCCUUGGUGGGAAAUGGCCGAUGUGUUAUUAAAAAAAAUUCUAGUUCUUUACUUUAGUUAUUAAACACUUAUAAUAAUGUGGCAUGGUAUGUUAAGUUAUAUAAUUUAUAUACUUGUACCUCAAUUAAAUCAGUAAUAUUA